UACAGUAAGUGGAGGUGGUUCCAUGACGGUCAGGGCUGCAGCUCUGCACAGACAGGCUUAAGAUCUACGUUCGCAUUUUUGGCAGUACGAUCGGACUUAUCGCACUGAUCCAGAGGACCUUUCCUGAAACAUCUGCGGUCGGCCGUCUAUUUUCAAACCUUGUUCACCUUGCCAAGAAGAUGAAGUUAAACACGAGCUGCCGUCAGGUGCACGCCGCAUCCGAUGGAUCCCUGCUUAUUGUCUCGUUCAUCGAACAACCCCAUGCAACACUUCCUUAUGUUGCGGUCCCAUUUGACAGAUUCUGAUAUGGACUAUGAGAGGCCAAACGUUGAAACUAUCAAGUGCGUGGUGGUAGGAGACAAUGCCGUUGGAAAGACGCGCCUUAUCUGCGCCCGGGCCUGCAAUGCCACACUGACUCAGUACCAGUUACUUGCUACACAUGUGCCCACGGUCUGGGCUAUUGACCAGUACAGAGUGUGCCAGGAGGUAUUAGAGCGCUCUAGAGAUGUGGUGGAUGAUGUCAGUGUGUCCCUCCGCCUGUGGGAUACUUUUGGAGACCAUCAUAAGGACCGGCGUUUUGCAUAUGGCAGGUCUGAUGUGGUGGUGCUGUGCUUCUCAAUCGCCAACCCCAACUCUCUGUACCAUGUGAAGACCAUGUGGUACCCUGAGAUCAAGCACUUCUGUCCCCGUGCUCCUGUCAUCUUGGUGGGCUGUCAGCUGGACCUGCGCUAUGCAGACCUGGAGGCAGUAAACAGAGCACGGAGGCCUUUAGCUAGACCCAUUAAAUCCAAUGAGAUCCUUCCUCCAGAGAGAGGCCGAGAGGUGGCCAAAGAGCUGGGAGUGCCAUAUUAUGAAACUAGUGUUGUUGCUCAAUUUGGAGUCAAGGACGUCUUUGACAAUGCUAUCCGAGCUGCACUUAUCUCACGCCGCCACCUGCAGUUUUGGAAAUCUCACCUCAGAAAUGUUCAGCGGCCUCUCCUUCAGGCGCCCUUCCUGCCACCAAAACCUCCCCCACCUAUAAUCACUGUGCCUCCUCCCCCAACUACCACAGAGGAGCAUCCAGUCGGUCUUCUGGAGGACCCCCACUGUGCUGAUGUCAUCCUGGUCCUGCAGGAGCGACAGAAAAUCUUUGCACACAAGAUAUAUUUGGCAACAUCCUCUUCAAAGUUCUAUGACCUCUUCAUUAUGGACACACAAAAUGAGGAGACUGAAAGGCCCACUCGUGGUCCUCUCUCUGGCCGGGAGCUGCUGAUGCGUGCUGCUAGCUUUGAUGUUUGCGAGAGCACUGAUGAUGGAGACAGAGCCAACCUGAGGGCCUGCACUAGUGAUGGGACACUGAAAGACUCCGAGAUGAGCCGACGGGGCAGAAUGCUGUCCUCGUGGAGCCGAGCCUUUGUCAGCAUCCAGGAGGAGCUGAUAGACGACCCUGUGACGUACAGCCCCAGGCCCAUGACUGUAGUGCACAUGGACCAGUCCAUGCAGGUCGGCCCUUUCCGAGCAGUACUUCGCUAUCUGUACACAGGUCAGCUAGACGAGAAUGAGAAAGAGCUAAUGCACAUUGCACACAUUGCUGAGCUGCUGGAGGUUUUUGACCUGCGGAUGAUGGUGGCAAACAUACUUAACAAUGAAGCCUUCAUGAACCAAGAAAUCACCAAAGCCUUCCAUGUACGGCGCACAAACAGAGUCAAAGAGUGCUUGGCCAAAGGCACCUUUUCUGAUGUAGUAUUCAAGCUAGAUGAUGGUACGAUCAUGGCACACAAGCCUUUACUCAUCUCUAGUUGUGACUGGAUGGCAGCAAUGUUUGGAGGGCCUUUUGUGGAGAGUUGCACCAAAGAGGUGCUGUUUCCCAACACAACUCGCAGCUGUAUGAGGGCUGUGCUGGAAUAUCUCUAUACGGGGCGGUUUUGUUCUCGGCCAGACCUGGAUGCAAUGGAGCUUAUCGUUCUUGCCAAUCGUCUUUGCCUCCCCCACCUGGUUGCCCUUACAGAGCUCUACACAGUCACAGUAUUGACGGAGGCUGCGAUGAUGGGAGCUGACAUUGAUGGAGAUGUGCUGGUGUACUUGGAUAUGGCCCAGUUCCACGGUGCCCAACAGCUCAGUGGUUGGUGUCUUCACCACAUCUGCACCAAUUACAACAGUGUCUGCCGCAAGUUUCCCAGAGAAAUGAAGGCCAAGUCUACAGAGAACCAAGAAUACUUUGAGAAACAUCGCUGGCCACCUGUGUGGUACCUGAAAGAGGAUGACCACUACCAAAGAGCACGCAAAGAGCGCGACAAGGAGGACUACCUGUACCAGAGGCGGCAGUGUAAACGCAAGUGGCUCUUCUGGAACCUUCCUUCCUCCCCUAAUUCAAACUCUUCUUCUGGCUCAUCCGCUGUCAUCUGACCAAGUGGUAAGGCCAGCCCACUCUGAAGUACAUCAGUGUGGAUACAAGUUGUAAAAAGAUACAAUAGAAGAUAAGCACGGCUGGCUAGAAACACCCCAAUUGUUCAGGCACACUGUUUCUCUUCCUGUUAGUUUGCCUCUGUAGUCAAACGACACUCCUCCAGGUUUGCAAGGUUAGCUCAAUCUGGCGGUUAAAGUAAUACAUUUUGUUACCUAGAUUUUUAGCUUGAUGUACAUGAGAUGCAAACCUCAGUGAUAUGAACCUCACUGACAAAUGGCACAGUGUAACUGGCGCAAAUAACAACUCACACUGAUUGUUUACAUGUUCCACUACCUGAGUUUUAAGUUUUAAAAAUAGGACUCUGCUGGCACAGAUCUUUCCAUCUAUGAUCAUAAUUAUCAUGAAUUAACCUGAACUGAUCCAACCAAGUGCUGCUUAUCAGCUGCAACAACCAGCAAUUCAACACAGAACUUCUUAGUCUCAGAGAUAUAACACUUUGCCCUUAAGUGUUUGUACAAUCUACCAAACUAUUUGUACAGUAUGAUCUCAUCAACAGGAUGUAACAGUAGUAUAACCUGCCAGGAAUCAUUUACUUUCACCACGCUGAAUAUGAUUAUGUACACAUGAAUGAAAAUGCUUGACUCCUGUUUAUUUUUGUUCAGUCAAUCUACUUUUCAAUGUUUGUGCAGACUUACACAGCUAAAAGUGGUGUGAGUCUGGACACACUAGGCAUUUAUGUAUUGUGAUCAUGUGAUUGGUGGCCUCUUGUCACAAAAGGGCUUUAGUUUACAUGAAUGCAUUCGGUGUCCUGAGACACAAGAGAUCCCAAAAUCAAGGGAAAUGGCUGUAUUUUCUGUAAAAUGCCAGCAAAAACCAAGCAGAUCACUAAUUUCCUGUGUUGCUUGACGAGGCUUGUUAGCGCACAUGUUUCCUGAGUCCUUUAGUUUUACAUUGAAUGGUUUUAUCAGCUUGAUCACUGUCAUCCUGGAAAGUAAUGCAUAUUUCAUCUCAGAGUCAAUAGCAGCAUUUCGAUAGCUGAAGCGACCAUGUGUACAUUACCAUCCGUCUGUGACAGUGUGUUUGACGCAUCUGUCACUAGUGGUGAUUUGGCCUUUAGAGAUGUAUUUUGGUUGAUAAGAGGAUGCCCCCUCUGAUUGUCUGCAAUUGGCUGUGUAAGACUUGUACAUGAAGGAGGCUUCCUCAUGCCCCAGGCUUCUACACACCUUGAGCACUUUCUGGACUCUUCUCCACAGAGACACACACCACCAGUAGCAGCAGCCUGGUGAUCGGCACUAAAGACAGUAUGGUGUCAUUACACACUCUGGCAAAUGUUAAAAAAGGAACUGAGGAAGAAGGAACUGAGGAGGAAGACCAUGAUAUUUAAAAUGUUUCAAAUAUGAAUAUAAUGUUUUGCAUACCUCACAGUAUUUGUUCAAGAUUGUCAUCUACUGUUGUACUUGAUUGUAGGAUGGACUUGUAAGCAGGGUCCUCAGUAAAGAUGGGUAUUGUAAAUUGUACAAAAUAUCAAAUGAACCGCAAGUAACUUGCAUCACUCUAAUGUGCAGUUACCUAAUGUUUUGCACUGCAGGCAGUGGUCGUACAGUAUUACUGAGUAAUACAUAUACUGAAUAUAGACUUGACUUAUCCAACUUGCAUUUAGUUACUGUGCAGCUACAAACUGUUGUUGAAAAUAACUGAAUACUCAUUGUGCUGACCUCCAGUUACAUCUGUUAUAUACUGUAGUAUACAUGCAUUUACAGGCAGUUCAAACCAACCGUUGACUAAUAGUAAAAUAGGAUAACAGUGCAAAGUAAAGUAGACAUGUUUAUAUAAAUGACAUUAUAAAGACGUAUGGUACAUCCAUAAAACAUGUCACGUCAAAAAAUCUAAUAAAUAAUUCUUAUUGCAGCAUUUGCUUUUGCAGCAUAUGUUAAAGAAAGGCUCGCUUUAAUCCUGAAUAUGAUUGGUUAUACUUUUCCAUGCAGUUUUUGAUUAGACAUAUAUUUAGAGCCCAACAAAGGGCUUAAAACAAUAUAGUGGUAAGAAUCAAUUCAGUGACAUAACCAAAUUCUUGCUUGUAUUAACUCAUAACUCUAAUAAGGACACUGCAUGAACAGGGCUCGCCAAACUAAAAUAACAAACUAAAAUAACAAACUAAAAUAAAAUUGUAGUAAAAAGUUUAUUCAUUGGCAUUUAAAAUGUAAGAUGUAGAUCAGUGGUAGUGCUGGUGCUCUAAGCAGUAGCUUUAAAUUUUUCUCAAUUACAUUAACUUUUGCCAAUUGCUAAGUAAACACAAGAACUAUUAUUUUGAAUAUCUUAAUUGAUCAGUUCUUUUGGCACACAUGGUCAGACAUUAGGCAGAGCCUUCAGGAGUAUUGUACUCUUUUAGAGACAUCUUUAUCCUAAUUCUGAAUGUUUUUAUUUAUUAGACCAUCUGACUAAUAAAUAAUAAUAUCCAAUUUUCACACAAAAUACAGCUUAUUGUAAUAGUUUAACAGCAGCAUUUGCCUUGGUGGUGUGAUUGAUAAAUUGCAUAGACAUGCAUUUCAUUCCACAGUGCAUUUCAUUUCUCAAUCAUUUUUCUGAUGUUUUGCAUCAACAACACCUCAUGCCUUAAUGUACAGUGUAGUGUAUGGUAUUGAAUGUAAAGUAGUGUUACUGUGGUUACUAGUUUGUUUGCUGUAUGUUCAGUUACCAUGGUGCUCUCUAGGCUGUGUGUAUUUGUAAAUGUAUAAUCCAUCAUUUGGAUGUAAAGCAAUCAAUGUAUUGUUUGGGGACUUUGAUGAGCGUGCUUUAGUUUGAACACUGCAUAGGUUUUAUGUCCUUUUAAAGCUAUAAAGAAACAAAAAACUAAUUAAAGACUUUGACCAUCAAGGCCACACUAGACUAACAUAAUAACAAACCAUCAAUUUGUGACAUUAACCAUGAAAUGAAUGCAGGGAUUUAAAAUUUGUUUCAUUAUUUUAAAGUUGCUAAAUGCUAUUGAGCUCUAAUUUUAGAGUCUGCAUAAUUAAAAAAUGAUGAAAUAACGUGGCCAUUGGAAGUUAGAUUGUAACUCAGUCAUGUAAAUAUAAAUUGUGUGAUGACUUGGAAUUCAGACUUGGCAUAGCAAUUGAUACAAGCUAUUGCGUAGUUUAACAUAGAUACUGUUUUUGUACUAUGCAUACUGAAAUGUGUCUGACUUUGAAACUACAAACUUGCACUGCUUUGUAGCACCAGGUUAAAAUUGCAUUAGGCAGUAUAGCAACAUCAUUAGAUACCUAGACAACAUCAGGUAAAAAAAAGUUUUAACAUAAAUUAAAAAGAAGUUGUCACUGGGGCCCUUUUCCAUAUGUUUGGGUGCUAAUAUCACCGCUGCAGAGAAGCACAAACCAAAGGGAGCUUUAGCAGCACCAGGAAUAUAUUAUAUAUGCUGCACAAUCACUACUGCAUAGUUUAAGAGGCCUUGUUCCGAAAUGGUUGAAAAUGAAAUAAAUAAAUAAAAAAAACAAUAAAUGAAAAGAAAAAAAACUUGAAUGUUUAUCUCAGUGUUCAAAGCCUAGAUGACAUUUUCCUUAGUCAUCAGGUAUUUUUGUUCUCAAGAGCUGUUUUUAUUGUUUGGGAGCUGUAAAUCUGAAAUUCUGUAGCAUGUGUUCUUGGAAAUGUGUAAAUAGUAUUUACUAAAUAAAAAAGGAUCGACAUGUGCA